GGACCAGGCUAUGCUGCACGAACAUAUGCUGAGACAACAUAGGCGGAGUUGAUUAAUGAGCGAACUGGAAAAUUCCUCUUUAAGAUUGAAAAAGAUGCAGAAAGGCAAGAAGGGCGGUGUUGAUUUGACUAGAAGAUUUCAUAAGGAAAAAAGAAGUUGCAAGAUUGAUUUGGUCUCAGGUCACUUGCGUGAUGGGGACUCUAAUCAAGAUGUAUUCGCUAAGCUACCUGGCUGGGUUAAAUCAGAUAUUUGUAAAAGUGUUGUCUCAAUUUCUUUGUGCAAUGGAGACAUAACCUUAUUUUCUUGCUCGGGCAUAGCUAUAGCACACAAGGGAUACCACCUUACAAUGUGUCUGACUUCUGCAAGUUUGGUUAGGGCUUUUCAUGGUAAAACAAACGAACAAUACUAUGAAUUAAAGAUUAAAGUGCGCUGUGAAGGCAAUGAAGUGUACAAGGGUUUUUUGGCUGAAUAUGAUUUAGAUCAUAACUUCGUUGUUGUCAACAUUGAUGCCUUCCUUGGUGUUCAUGUUGGAAGUUCCCAAUGUGUGCUGGAAUCUGUGCUCCGUGGUGCGGCAUAUGUAGUUGGGCGUGGUGUCUCUGGUGACCUAAUAUCCAGGAGUGUCGAAUUGGGCUGUGAUCUAAGCGUAUCUAAGCAUGGUCAAGAUCUUGAGAGUAAAACCUCAGAGGCUUGGGAAGGUGGAAUAGUUUUUUCUUUAAAUGGGGAAUCUGUUGGCAUGAACCUUUUUCUGGUUAUGGGAAGGACCAUUUUCCUACCAUGGGGCACAAUCUUCGAGCAUCUGCGGCAUUUUGGGAAAUCCUGGCAAAGGUCCCAGAUGAGGUUGCCAAGAAAUGCCACUCCUGCGCUGUUGAUUUUAGCCCUUUCAAUCGCAGGCAUCAUUGUCGGAACUGUGGUGAAAUCUUUUGUGACAAAUGCAGCCAGGGAAGGAUUGCUCUGACGGCUGAGGAUAAUGCUCCACUUGUCCGAGUUUGUGAUAGAUGCAUGACUGAGGUCACUCAAAGGCUUAGCAUUGCUAAGGAUGUUGCCAACAGAUCUGCAACUGUUCAAAGUCAUGAAGAUCUUGCAAGAAAACUGAAGGUAAUAUACUGUUUUUUUCCUGUCAUAUAUUCAUUUAAGUGGCUGUGCACUUGAAUUAAUUGUGCAUGCUUGGUUUGAAACCGAGUUAUGAAAGUUUGGUCGCAUUCAUUAUAUUUAGCAUGCA